AUGUCAAACAGCGACGAGCUCUCGCUCGCUUUCGAUGGCCGGAUUGCAAUCAUCACAAUCAACAGGCCUCGCAAACUCAACGCUCUCACUGGAUCUCUCUAUUUCGCCUUGGGGGAACUACUCCGACAAAUUGAUGAAAGGGACGACAUUAUUGUCACCGUCCUCACAGGCACCGGUCGCUUUUUCUCGGCGGGAGCGGAUGUAAGUGCAGGUACUAUGGAGGAUGAUGUCAACAGCAAAAAGAACCCUCGGCUUGCUGCAUUGCACUCAUUCGCCGCCGUGACACUAGACGUCACGCGAGCCUUUUAUCAACAUCGAAAAAUUCUUGUCGCCGCGCUCAACGGACCGGUAGUGGGCCUCUCGGCAGCCCUGAUUGCUCUGGCCGACUUCAUAUACGCUGCCCCGCAUACCUACCUCCUCACCCUAUUCUCCUCCAUUGGAUCUCUCGCUGAAGGCGCUUCGUCUCGCACAUUUGUACAACGCCUCAGACUCGGCAAGGCCAACGAAGCGCUUAUCAUGGGCAAACGGAUUGCGUGCGAUGAGCUUGUGGCAUCUGGGUUCAUCAACAAGGUGAUUUCGCCAGCAUCUGGCAGGCAGAACGACAGUUCAGCCUUCUUGGAGGAUGUCCUCAACGAGGUCAAAGAAAGCCUGGGCUCCCAUCUCAACGACAGCAGCAUCUUAGCAAUCAAGGAGCUGAUCCGCCGACCUGAGAGAGAAAUCUUGGAUCAACAAAAUCUUCUGGAAGUGUUCGCAGGUACCGAACGUUUUGCUAAAGGGAUUGUGCAAGCCAGUUUCAAGGCUCUCGCCAGCGGUGCGAGACACAAAUUAUAG